AUGGAGCUGCGCAGCGGAGCGGUUCUCCCCGGCCCCGUGCCCGUCCCCAUAACGGCGGCGGAGCAGCACGCGGACGGGUGGUUCCGCGAGGGCGUGCGCCUGGUGUUUGCGCGCUGGACCGCGCUGCAGCUUGCGGUGGAGAAUCAGUGGGGCGGCGCAAGGAGCGCGGAGAAGGCGCAACACAUGCAGGCGGAUUUGGUGCAUUUCUGCUACAGCAAGCGCGGAGCGGUGUACUCGGACGAGCUGGAGGAGUGGCUGGACGAGGCGACAGUGAAGGAUUUCAACAUGGAGGUGGAGGAUGGGAGCCUGCGAGAGGUGGCGGAUAAGGUAGUUGAAGUGUUCAAGGCGUGUAAGGACGGCAAUUUUACUCUCGUGCAGCAAUUGCAAGAAGCGGAAGCAGCUGCUGCUGCCAAGGGAAGGCGCGCAGCACUGCAGCAGAGCAGGGCGGCAAACCGCAAUGCAGACAGUGACGACAGCGAUUCUGACGUGGAAGAAGUGGGGAACGGAGGAGCCAUGGAUGAAGAUGCGCCAGGAAGGGGUGCUGGAGUGGGAGCUUCUGGUUCGGGUUCGCGUAGAGCUGCUAAAGAAACUCAUCCGGAGCCAUUGCUCACACAAGAGGAGGUGGCCGAUGUCAGUUCAGCGACCGCUCCGUCACGACUAGGUCGCCAGUUUCGUGCUGCACCACUAUUCAGAAGCGCGGAAGUUGUUGGGGAGCAGAGGUUCUCCAGAAGAGAACCUACAGCUGCUGCUCUCGCGUCACAAGGCGAUGUUUCUACCGAGGGCUUGGAGCUGACUGAGGAGAACGUCGAGAAGGUUCUUGACGAGGUUCGACCUUACUUGAUGGCGGACGGCGGCAAUGUGGAAUUGUACGACAUUGACGGUCUCGUCGUGAAGCUGCGGCUUCAGGGUGCGUGUGGCUCGUGCCCGAGUUCCACGAUGACUAUGAAGAUGGGGAUCGAACGGAGGUUGAUGGAGAAAAUUCCGGAGAUAGUCUCCGUUGAGCAGAUCACGGACCAGGAGACGGGCCUUCCACUGGACGAGGAGAACGUCGAAAAGGUGCUGUCCGAGAUCAGGCCAUACUUGGUAGGAACGGGUGGUGGGGAGCUGACUCUUGUGAAGAUUGAGCCGCCGAUUGUGAAGGUCAGGAUUGAUGGGCCCGCAGCAGGAGUAAUGACAGUCAGGGUGGCGGUUACUCAGAAGCUCAGGGAGAAAAUUCCAUCUAUUGCUGCUGUACAGUUGCUUUGA